AUGUCCGAUGCUGAACGUCCGGCACAUUUCAAAGACGUUCUCCUGUUGACUCAACUAUUUCAUAUCCCUAUAUUUUUUGUGUCAAUUGGUCUCUCCGUGGACCCAGACCCAGAUAACCAAUGGACGCGGACACUGUUAUACUUGCACCCUAUUCUUUGUAUUUUUCUAUUCGCUGGAGUAAUCGCUGGAAUUAUCGGUUUGAAAUUACUCCUGGUGGCUUGGGAUAAGUGUUUCGAUUCGGAGGAAUCGACAAAGUGUCGGAGGGAUUUAUCGAUUGGAUAUGGAGGGAUGAUAACCUGUGGGAUAAUACCUCAAGUGUUGAAAGUGAUACUGAUGGAAAACGUGAAAGACGUUCUUGCCUUCUCCGCCAUCUGUGCGGUCUGCAACUUUCUAUUUCUUCUGCUAUUCGUUUUUAAUCAUCACGAUGACUAUGGUACGAGAAAUUCAAAAAAGAAAUAUGCAUUGAUCCUUCGAAUAAUUAUGAUUCUAUUGCACGUUACUGUUACCGUAACAUUGGUAAAGGUCUUCAUCCGCGGCGGAAAAUAUAAUGAAAAACAAAUAGAACACAUGGAGAUAUUGAUUGCUUUAUAUUCGUUUUGCUAUAUUCCGUGUCCUGCUGAAUUUGCAGUGGUUUUGGCCGGGUGGAUCACGGUGGAAGAGUUACCUGACGACAAUAUAUCAGCUUUGUUUAUGUCUGUAGCAAUUUCGAGGGAGUUAUACCCAGCUCCACAUCGACCCACCACCAAUCAGUCGCCUUGGGUGGAUACCGUACUACCUUCUAGAUCUUCGGAAAGAUAUGAAUCUCUUGACGACACAGGCAAUUUCGUGAGUAACGAUUCAGAAUUGUUCGAAUAUCAAACUUGUCGUCACCACACUGCCGACCAUCAAGAAUUUCAACAUAUUGUUAGGGUUACUGUACCUACAGCACCCAUGGAAGAAGAGGAAGAUGAGACAACAGAUAGCGAAAACCUACAGUACCCCAUCUCCAGCUCCACCAGCGGAACCGAAUGCAACAUCUGCAUGCUUCGCUACAGUACCACUACAGUAAUCCCCAGAAUCCUGGUGGGAUGUGGACAUACAGUAUGCCAGGCGUGUAUACAGAAACUUCCGAGACAAGAAUUCGUACUCUGUCCGUUUUGCAGGAAACCGACAAGUUUGCCUGAUAACCUUCUACCCAAGAACUAUGCCGUCCUGGAUAUAAUUCAUAAUUUGGAAAAAUAA